AUGAAGCUUUCCGACCUUCCAUCGGAAAUAAUCUGCAAUAUUGCGUUACAUAUUCCAACGGCCAAUGGAAUCACACGCCUAGCACGAACCUGCCGUCGAAUAUAUAGAAUCAUCACUGCCGAAGAGUCAUGGCUAUUUCGAGCAUUUGUGCAAACGAGAUUUCCAGCGAUUCAAACACCACCAUUCUGGAAAGAUGCAGCAUGUGCGCUUACAUCGCGCUCACGCGCGGUCGAUCGACUGGGUGUAAUUGGGCGAUUCGUGAUCUUGCCUGAAACCAUCACUCGUGUUGGAAUUCAAGAAGAGACCCGACAGGAUAAUCCCACCAUGGGCUAUCGCCCUCCUAUCGACUCCUAUGAGACCUGGAAUGGCCAGUCCUGGGCUGAUAGGAAAGAAGUCCUUGCAUGGGGUGCCGGUGAAAAACUCUUGAUGCGAACCAAGCAAUCCGGAAAACAUCACCGAGACGAGUGGAUCUUAUUCAACGACGUGGAUGAGCCCAGCAGCCAUGAUGAUAUUCUAGGCUUGCACCUCCUGCAACCAGAGCAUGGCAAAGAGAAUGAAGUUGAAAAUGUGAUCUUUGGACGGAGACAGGGCGAUAUUCGCCACAUCGCUCUCUCCACGAGCGUUGCAAGCCAUGAGUAUAAGAAGACGUUUCAGACCGAAGGAUUGGAACUCAACGAGACAGACUUGAUGCAUGGCUCCAAUCCAAUACUGUGUGCUCAGUUUCUUCAAGGUUCAACUGCACUUUAUCAUACUUCUACCGACGGUGAAGAUGUCCAACCGUUUGCGUGGAUUCGCCCGGAGCGAUCUUCUCGUGGCCGGAAGGCGAAGCUGCUUUCAUCGUCGCGGAUUGCUGUGGCUACUAUGGACGCUAAAGACUCUCUGGUUGUUUCAAGAAUUUCGCCGGACGGCAUCUUUCCCGAAGAGACAAUAGGAAUAUCUUCCCAGGAAGUGGAAGAUAGAUUGGGCGAUUAUACUUGUCAGGCCAUCAGCGCCAUCGAGCCCCUCAACAACCAUCCCUUGGCUGGGUCACCUGGUGAUGUUUUUCUUGCUGCAUGGGGCGACCGCAAAGUCCGCCUUCACGAUCUCAGGUCUCCCCGGGCCUAUGAAACAACAUACGAAGAUCCCACAGACGACAAUUUUAUAUACAGUGUGCGGGCGUUUGGACACGACCGAUUUCUAGUUGGAUCCGGGGGCAAUGCCCUGAUUAAACUAUUCGAUCUCCGCUGCACGAGCUACAGUUACCUGGAAGCCCAGGGUGCUCGACCAAAAGCCCCCAGCAACGUCCCAAUUGCCCACAACCAUGGCCAGUAUCCAAGCAAGGAUUUUAACAUUUUCCUUUCUGCCCAACCGCCUGCCAUCUUCAACCGACAUAUCAAUUCCCGUCGGCGCAGGGCUUAUCCGUACCGAGGUCCCAUAUACAGCAUGUCCAUGCCCUCGCCAUCCUCACCAACCGUCUACACCGGUGUAGCAGGUGGACUCAUCCGGCUUGACUUUGCAUCAACGGACGACCUGACCGGGCCAGCCAAGGAGUGGUACGACUGCAAUCUCAAUCUUGGCUUUGAUGCAGAGAUGAAGCCAGCAGAUGGGUCUAGCUUUUUCACGGUGGCGGGAUAUGAGAGACCGGAUCAACGUGAUUUGAGUACUACCUCGAAGUUGAGAAAGCAGCAUAGCUCCUGGAAGUUCGGUCUCGAUGACUCUCGGAGGGAUGUGGUGACUGGUUGGGAUCAUCGGUGGGAGGCGUUAGAGAAGCCUGGGGCCUGGCGGCGACAGGAUGGCUAAAGUCUAGAAUUGCAUAGUAUACCGCAUCCUUACAUAGACUACAUAGAUAGACUUAGAUGGAAACAGG